GUGAAGGUCUACACAACAGGGGCUUGCUCUUGCAAAAUCAAACCACAAGUCCGACUCGACGAAGAAGACACAGCUCCACCAUGCCCCGCUCAGCACUGCUCUGCUGCCUGAUCCUCCUGGCCGGAGUGGCAGCCAGCCAAGACCAAGGCACCCAGUCUGAGCACAGCUGCACCCACUUCCCAGCCAGCCUGCCCCACAUGCUCCGGGAGCUCCGAGCCGCCUUUGGCAGGGUGAAGACUUUCUUUCAAAUGAAGGACCAGCUGGACAACAUGCUGUUGACCAGGUCCCUGCUGGAGGACUUUAAGGGUUACCUGGGUUGCCAAGCCUUGUCGGAGAUGAUCCAGUUUUACCUGGAGGAGGUGAUGCCGCAGGCGGAGAACCACGGCCCUGACAUCAAGGAGCAUGUGAACUCCCUGGGGGAGAAGCUGAAGACCCUCAGACUGAGGCUGCGUCGCUGUCAUCGAUUUCUCCCCUGUGAAAACAAGAGCAAGGCGGUGGAGCAGGUGAAGAGUGUCUUCAGUAAGCUCCAAGAGAAGGGGGUCUACAAAGCCAUGAGUGAGUUCGACAUCUUUAUCAACUACAUAGAAGCCUACAUGACAAUGAAGAUGAAGAACUGAAGCGUUCUAGGCAACAAAACCUCCGGGCUGCAACUCUCCUGGACUCUAGGACAGAAAUUGGAGAUCUCCAAAAUCCGAUCCCGGUCACUGGGAGGGCAGAAGCAGCUCCUUGGAGGGUCCUGUUGUACCUCUCCUAGAAUAUUUAUUACUUCUGUUACCUCAACUCCCAUUUCUAUUUAUUUACUGAGCUUCUCUGUGAACUAUUUAGAAAGAAGCCUGAUAUUGUACUUGUUUCAAUAUUUAUUAUUUUCACCUGUGUUUAAGCUGUUUCCAUAGGGUGAUGAUGCCCUGUGGUAUUUGCGUGUUUUGAGAAAAAUUUAAGUUAUAUAAGGAAAAAAAAAUCUUCCUUAGGGAGCCAACUGAAGCUUCCAUUCCAAGCCUAACCACACUUUAUAGCUGUCGGGCUGUGUCCCCUGACCUCCCUCUAAUUUUUCUUGUCCCUGGGCCUGAGGCUCUUGGAAUGUUACAAAGACUCAGGCUCAUAGGAAGAGAAACCCUAGGACAACUGAUAUCUCAGCAUCUCUGAGGGAUUCCCCUGACCUCACGCCCCAACCACUUCAUUCUUGAAAGCUGUGGCCAGCUUGUUAUUUAUAACAACCUAAAGUUGGUUCUAAUAGAACUCAGUUUUAACUAGAAGCAAUUCAAUUCCUCUGGGAAUGUUACAUUGUUUGUCUGUCUUCAUCACAGAUUUUAAUUUUGAAUAAAUAAAGAGGUCUUAUGAAAGUCA